CAUGAAUCAACCGGACUCGAUGUAGAGUAGCCCGACUGUAUUUGAAAGGUUACGAAUAGCCUAUUAUUCUUUAUUUUUUCACGAAUGUGGGUAGGCUACAUGGUUUCUGUUUCACGCGUUUGCGAAUCUCAAUUAAGAUCUAAAUGGAUUUAAAAACUAAAGGAACAAUCGCACAAAGCACAAGACACAAGGACAACAAGUAAAAUCAACAUCUAUAGCCGAUGUUAUGUAAGGGACUGCAGGCUAUCUGACAUUUCCUCACCGAACCUCACAGCCUGACCAACCUGUCCAGUCCCGAAGGAAACCGCAACACUUAUCCAAGGUAACAAGAAUCACUGUGAACCUUCACCCUCUCUCUGUGACCACUAGGGAUGGUGGACGCACAGAUCCUCACCUGGCCCAUGAGUUUCGGACGUGGUCCUGUGGAGUAGGACGAACACACUGACAGCUGUCACAUGUUUGACAUGAAAGCCCUGUCCACCUUCCACUACUCAAGCCCUCCCAGUGACAAGAGCAGCGUCAGUCCUGACCACUCACAAGAGUGCCCCCCCACAGAACAACCCCAUGAGUCUCCUGGAGAGAGAACCUUUCACAAUGCUUAGCGAGGACUCCAUAAAGGUUGAACCCAGGUCACCGUCAGAGCUCUCAGAACCAAACUAUUCAUAUUUUAAGCUGCACACUGACGUCACGUCUGCCCUGGUGAACCUUGAGUGUAGAGUAUGUGGAGACAGGGCUUCAGGCUACCACUAUGGGGUUCAUGCUUGUGAGGGCUGCAAGGGUUUCUUCAGAAGAACGGUUCGACUGAAUUUGAAAUAUGACCAUUGUGGCCUGCAGUGUCGCAUUAAAAAGAAAAGCCGAAACAAGUGUCAGUAUUGCCGUUUUCAGAAGUGUCUUUUAGUAGGCAUGUCCCACAAUGCCAUUCGCUUUGGUCGAAUGCCCCAGACUGAGAGAGAGAAGCUUUUGGGUGAAAUUGCCAAGGAAAUGGAGCAGCUAGACAUGGAGGCUGCUGAGAUGAGAUCACUUGCCAAACAGCUGUAUGAUUCCUAUAUCAAAAACUUCCCUGUACCCAAGAGCAAAGCCAAGGCUAUUCUCUCAGGAAAGACCAGCAACCAUGCGCCUUUUGUCAUCCACGAUAUGAAGUCCCUCAUGGCCUGGCAGCAGUUCCUAAACUGCAGACAGCUGCCCCAGCAGAAGCCUGAGGUCAACAUGAUUCUGGAGCCUGCCGCUGAUGAGCUGACAUUCUUCCGCCGGGUACAAAUCCGCUCCGCCGAGAGCAUCCGUGAGAUCACCGACUUCGCCAAAAGCAUCCCGGGCUUCGUGAACCUGGACCUGAACGACCAGAUCACACUGCUGAAGUACGGUGCCAUGGAGGUGCUGAUCCUCCUGUGGGUGCCGCUCAUGAACAAGGACGGCACGCUAUUUUCUUACGGACAAAUCUUCAUAACGCGUGAGUUCCUGCGCAGCCUGCGCGAGCCAUUCUGUGGGAUCCUGGAGCCCAAGUUCGACUUUGCCAUCAGGUUCAACAUGCUGGACCUGGAUGACAGUGACCUUGCUCUCUUCAUCGCAGUCAUCAUCCUCUGUGGAGACCGGCCGGGCCUGGUGAACGUGAAGUCUGUGGAGGAUCUGCAGGAGAUGGUUCUGCAGGUGCUAGAGUUCCACCUGAAGACGGUGCAUCCUGACCAACCGCAGCUCUUCGCCAAGCUCCUACAGAAGAUGACAGACCUGCAGCCGCUGGUGGCCGACCACGUCCGCCAGAUCAACCUGCUCAAGAAGACAGAGCUGGACAUGUGUCUGCACCCCCUGCUAGGGGAGAUCAUGAGGGAUCUUUACUAGUGCAGACAACUGAUGCAGACUACAUCUACUCCCAAUCUCUAAAUUAUAUUUGUCAUAAAUCUUUAUUUAUCUCUAAAUACACUACAAUAAUCUAAUAUCUAAAUGUUUGGAAAAUGUUUUAACUUAUAAUAAAGGCUUUGGUGAUGCUUGAGGAACAAAAAUACCGUUGGGAAAAUGAUUGUAAUUCUUCACUUAAGAGUUUCAUAUUGUCGACCACUGUAUUUGUAAUGGACUUGAAGGCCACUAGAGGGCACACUAUUCUUUGUGACAUAAAGGUUGAAUGUGCACUUUGCCUUGUAUAAGUAUAGUAUAUACUGUACCUCUGUAAAUGUCAUGCCUCUGGUCUACAUAGCAAAAUUCUUAAUGCAUUUCACAUGGACCGAUGACCAUGUUCUCACUUACCACAGAAACUGCACUGAAACUGUAACGGAAACAAGCAUGAUUGCUUCAUGUAAUGAGCCACUAAUCCAGCAUAAAUAUUAUAAUCAUUCAGAGACAUCUCUUCAGUACACUGGAGGAAGUACUUUAAGCCUGAGCUUUUUGCAGUAGUAGCUGUUUGACAGGCCUGAUUCUAGCAGAGGAACAAUAUUCUGCCUCACCAUUGGUUUCGUAAUGACAUGGCGUGUGUCAUUUUUGGUU